AAUAUUGGUGAGUGAAGAAUUCUGAAGUAAAGCAAAAUUAGAAUAAUAGAAUGUAUGUGACUAGGCCUCUCUCUCUGUGUAAGAAGUCUGCAGAAUCUCUCUCAUUGCCUCAACCUGAAGGCCCCAAUUCUGGUAUUCUGGUAAUCCAAGAUGAGGAUUUGGAACCAACCUCUUGUUUUGGGUUGGGAAAGUACCAUGAGGUGAAGGAUUUGCCUUUCCCUCAAAAUAUGAACCUUGAGUUGUUCUAUAGAUCAGGAAUUUCACUGAAUAGAGCCACUCAUUACCACCAUGUUGCCUUGAUUCCAGUCCUUAAUCAGCCGUUGUCUUCUCAUAAGUACUAUGUGAUUCAGCUUAAUGGGAAGCAAAGAGGGGAAGCAUACAUCAACUCAAAGGAGGAAGAUUUGGAGGCCUUCUGUUUCUACAAUUCUGUCUCUGAUGAACCACUACAUCCUCUAGAUAUCAGCAACACACUUCAAGAGUUUGAGAUAUAUCCCCGAAGAAGCAAAGUUACUUUCAGGAGUGGUUUUUCAGCUAAAUCUGUUUCCCCAGAUGGAUAUCCUCCAAGAUUUUUGAGUACAAGGUGGAAAGUGAGUGCUUCAACUUCUAGUGAUUCAAGUCUAGGAGAAGCAUCAGGUGUAAAUGAUGCCCUCCGUGCCAGCCAGCCAGGAUUCAAAGUCUCCUUAGCAGAUAAAAGUUCAGAAACUGUUGUUGUUGUUGGAAAAUGGUAUUGCCCCUUCAUGUUUAUAAAGGAAGGAACUCACAAAACAUUGAAAGAAGAAAUGAGAAAAUCAAUGUUUUAUGAGAUGACACUGGAGCAGAAAUGGGAACAAAUCUUUUCAUGUGAGAAUGAGCAUGGGAUGGGAAACACUGUGAAUGUGGAUGCUGUUGUUAAGAAGGAAGUGGUUGUAAUUGGUGGCUGGGAAGCUGUGAUCAAUGAGAUUGAUGUAGCUGAAGGUCUUUUGUGGUUUAAUAGUUUCAGUAAUGUUGGAGAAAAGAAUAGUGUGGGAUUGAGCACUGCAAUAAUUGAGAGAAUGAAGUGGGAACAGGAAAGAGUUGGGUGGAUUGAAGGGAAAGAAAAGCAAAUUGGAGUUAAGAAAGUGGAAGAAUUUGUAGGGACUAAUGGAUGGAAGAAAUUUGGAUGUUAUGUUUUGGUUGAAACUUUCGUACUUAAAAGAUUGGAUGGAAGCGUAGUACUAACCUAUGCUUUUAAACACCAUCAUCAACUUAGAAGCAAAUGGGAAUGAAAAUUUCUGGUAUUGGUUUAGACCUUAUGUUUUCAAGUUGUAUAUGCUCUAUGUCUAUGACAAAGAAAAGAAUGCCUAGUCUUGUAAUCUAGAUAUCCAAUUUUGUGUGAUCUUGUUGAUUAAGAAGAAAGUUCGUUCAUUCAUUCAGUUUUACAGUGUAAUCAUUUCAAUUUUGCAUAAAGAUUAUGAGGAUAAACUGUUGAGAUUUUGCAUUGGGUUUUGAGCCUAAAAUCUCAAUAUGUUGGGCCA